AUGGUGGCAAAAUACAAAGAUUCAUUCUGUGAUGUUAUUGGCGAUUCUGUGAUUGGUUCUGGACAUGAAUCCUUAUUAAGACAGAUGGAAGAAAGAAUUGCUAAUUUAAACAGAAAAGUUGGUAAACCUGCAGCUAAGUUAAGUAUUUCCAGCGAUGAUGAGGAUUCUGAACCAAAGAGCAAAUCUCGAAAAACGGUUAUUCACGACUCAUAUGGUUGUGUGAAUUGGCAGCCAGAGUUGUUACCUACUGAUGAAACCACGGAAACCCAAGAGUCAAACAAGAUUGGCUUAUGGAGGAAUUUCGAAAGAAAGAACAGGAUAGAAAGAAGGUUUUGUUGUUCAUGGAGAAUACGUACACUUCACAGCGUUUGGUGAUUAAUAGGAAUAACCCAGAUAGCCCAAUUGGAGAAGUUAAAGAUGAAUGGCCCUUCCUUUUUGAAAAGGAAUGUAUGUUUCUUCAUUUUGAGCAGUUGAUGGGAUUCAAGAUACAAGAUGUCAUGCAAGCGAGUCUAGCGAGUAAAGCUAAAAUCUUAGUGGAAUAUUUGAGACAAAAUCACAUACAGAAAAAGAAGAUUAAGCAAGUGUUGUGGAGAAUCGAAGCUGCUAUGUCGUCGAAGAAAGACCAGCAGCCUGUGAUGAUUGGUGUAUUCUUGCUGCUCUUGGCAUAUUUUGAAGAAAAACAAGAAUUAAUGAUCAGAUCAGAUGUAGAUGUAAGUUUCAAUUGUAACUGUUAUGUAAUGUAUUACGUAUGCACUCUUAUAUAG